GGGGUGAGGGAGGCUUGCGGGGUGCUUAGCACUGUAAACCAAAAAUAAAAUUUGAAGGCCCGCCCUCAACCGUCUGAAUGGACUUCCUCCUCUAGUCCAGGGUCCUCCAAAUUUAACCUAAAAGACUGGCUUAGGCCAUGAUGGGAAGGGGAGGUCAGACAUGCCUCAUUAUGCCCUUCUUUCUUUUAGAAUCCAGGAAAAGCUACACAGCAUUUAGUAUCAACACAUACCUUGAGUCUGAUAAGAAACACUUACAACUUACUUUCUCUGAAGCCUGCUAACUGGAGGCUUCAUCUGCAUGAUAAAACUUCGGUCUCCACGAGUUCUUAUGGUAACCUACACAUUCCUUUAAAUCAAUUACCAAUCAGAAAAAAACUUAAAUUUACCUACAACUUGGGAGCCCAUCUUGCCCCACACCCGCUCUGCUUUGAGUUGUCCCACCUUUCUGGAUUAAGCUAAUGUUUAUCUUAAAUGUAUUUGAUUGAUGUCUCAUGUCUCCCUAAAAUGUAUAAAACCAAGCUGUGCACCAACCACCUUAGGCACGUGUUCUCAGGAUCUCCUGAGGGCUGUGUCACGGGCCAUGGUCACUCAUAUUUGGCACAGAAUACAUCUCUUCAACAUUUUACGGAGUCUUUUUUUUUUUUGUCAGUACCACAGACAACCACCUGACUCGAGGACCUUACCUAUUUCUCAUUCAGCCAAUGCUGGAGCAGGUUAUUAACGUCCUUGAAAGCAAGUCUUAUACAGAGAAAACUUAUUUUGAUACAUUAAUGAAUCUGAUCAGAAUGGACCAGAUUGGGAGGAUAGAUAAAUGGUUGCAAUUGUGCUCCCUGGAAUAGCUUUGGAGUUUACCUAGAUCUUCUGUCUCUUUGGGACAGAGCUGCUUGUGUUUAUAUAGCAUCUUACACAGGAUUGAGACAACUUCAAUUUCCUGUAUCAAAAAUUCGGGGGAGGGCGGUGGUUUUGGAGGUUAUGGGGUUGUUCAAACCUCCCAAGUGACAUCUGCUGUGAUUGCAUGUCUUCCUACUUUUUCCACUGGGAUGCACCUCUGGUAGCUGAACUAUAACGAGAAGGUAAAAGCUGUGUCCAAUACCUAUUAAGCUGCCUUCUUCUCAACAGCUGGGUGGGGGCGGGGGAGUCUUUUCAACAAUUUUACAUAUUCGGAAAUAGGCCUAAAGUGAAGAAGGGGAUUUUCAAAUUGGUGUGUUGGAAAAGGGGCUGGGCUUUUCGGUUUGAAAUCUGGUGCUGUCACUUACUGGUUUUGUGCCCUGGGAAUAUUUAUUUCAGUUUUCAUGCCUCUGUUUUUCUAUAGGCAAAGUAGAAAAUUAGAAAAGGUCCUCAACGAGUUUGUACAGCUGCUCCCACUCCCUCAUCACCUCUUGUGGGCCUUUGGAAAUGUAUGUUGGAGGAGACAUUUUGGAUUGUUGCAAUGACUUGGGAGUGCCAUAGCACCUAGCAGGCAGAAGCCAGAAACACCAAACGUCUUAACAAUGCUUGAGGCAGUGCCACAAAUGAAGUCCUUCUCCAAAUGCAUUGAGCCCCAAGAAGAAUCGCUGAUUCUAAGGAACCUUCCAACUUUAACAAUUUUAGGACGUCCCUAAGCUGAGCUAGGAGGCACCGCGCACAGGCUGGAGGCACCGCGCACAGCCUGGAGGCACCACGCACAGGCCAGAGUCUCCCAAAUCCUGUCCCGCACUCUCUCCUACCUUAUUAAUGGCCAGCUCAUCUUUCAAGUUUCGACUUGAAUUUCACUUCUCAGCUAUACCUUCCCAGGUGCCCAUCCCAACGUUACUAUUAUAUUAUAAUUUGAUUCUCCCUCCACCCGUUCCCCCCGCCAACUCUGUAAACCCCAAGUAUAACACAGGACGUUGCUAUUUGUUGACUAACACAUAGUGUUUGGUGAGGUCACGCUGGCGCUGAAUACUUUUUGUAUAAACCGACGAACAGCUGAUGACUGCAUGAAUGCUCAACAAGGGGAAAGGGCGCCAAGCCCAGGCUCCGGCGUCAUCCGACGUAACUUCCGCCCUUCAACGCUCUUGCGGACGCCCCCUUCUCCCGGUCCGUGUUUGUUUCCGGCAUUUCAAUAAAGCUCGAUUCGGCUCGAAGAAGACCCCGUUCUUCCGGGAAAAUGGCGACUCCCGCUCGUGCCCCGGAGUCACCGCCGUCCGCGGAUCCGGCGCUAGUAGCGGGGCCUGCCGAGGAAGCCGAGUGCCCGCCGCCGCGCCAGCCUCAGCCCGCGCAGAAUGUGCUCGCUGCCCCGCGGCUUCGAGCCCCAAGUUCCCGAGGACUUGGAGCGGCGGAGUUUGGUGGAGCUGCGGGAAAUGUUGAAGCGCCAGGAGAGACUUUUGCGCAACGAAAAAUUCAUUUGCAAAUUGCCCGACAAAGGUAAAAAGAUCUUUGACUCUUUUGCCAAACUGAAAGCUGCCAUUGCAGAAUGUGAAGAAGUUAGAAGAAAAAGUGAACUGUGUCACCCUGUUAGUUUAGACUGUAAGCUAAGGCAAAAAGCAAUUGCAGAAGUUGAUGUGGGUACAGAUAAGGCCCAGAAUUCUGACCCGAUACUUGAUACUUCAUCACUAGUUCCUGGGUGUUCCUCUGUAGAUAACAUCAAGUCAUCUCAAACCUCACAAAACCAGGGACUUGGACGUCCUACUCUAGAAGGUGAUGAAGAGACUUCAGAGGUUGAGUACUCAGUGAAUAAGGGCCCAGCUUCCAGCAACAGAGACAGGGUACCACCUUCAUCUGAAGCUAGUGAGUAUCACCUGCAGCAUCGUGUUUCAAGUCAAGCAGAAGAUACUUCCAGCAGCUUUGACAACCUGUUUAUUGACAGGUUACAGAGGAUCACCAUUGCAGACCAAGGUGAACAACAGUCGGAAAACGCAAGUACUAAGAACUUGACAGGCCUUUCUAGUGGGACUCAGAAGAAACCUCAUUACAUGGAAGUGCUAGAAAUGCGAGCGAAAAACCCAGUGCCCCAGCUGCAUAAAUUUAAAACCAAUGUGUUACCUUUUCGACAAAAUGAUUCAUCUAGUCAUUGUCAGAAGAGCAGGUCUCCUAUUUCCUCAGAAGAGCGGCGGCGCAGGGAUAAGCAGCAUCUUGAUGACAUCACAGCAGCUCGGCUUCUACCACUUCACCAUAUGCCCACGCAGCUGCUCUCCAUAGAAGAAUCCUUGGCACUUCAGAAACAGCAGAAACAGAAAUAUGAGGAGAUGCAAGCAAAGCUCGCAGCACAAAAAUUAGCUGAAAGACUGAAUAUUAAAAUGCGGAGUUAUAAUCCAGAAGGGGAGUCUUCAGGGAGAUACCGAGAAGUAAGGGAUGAAGAUGACGAUUGGUCCUCUGAUGAAUUCUGAAGAUAAUCUCCUAAAUCACUGACGUUGAGAUGUCAUCAUCUUACAUCAGACUUUCUAACUAGUAUCAAGAUCAGUGUCAGAUAUUGUUGAGGGAAUAAUUUUAUAAAGUUACACAAAGGUAGUUAUAAACAAAAAGCCCAGUUUGUCUUUCAGAAGAUGACUUUCAUGUGCUUGAAAAGUUUAAUAUUUGAAUAUUGUGUUUAACCACAUGGUAUUAAAAUUUUGCAAUAUAUUGUGUAUUGGUCUGGUAUUUUAGUAUAUAGUAGAACAUACUUUUUUUUCUUUAAGCCAAAUGAAAAGAGGUAACUUUGCUUUUUUCCUUAUUCUUACCUAUCAAAUAGCAUUUAUUACAUGUUUUUCAGUGAAAUACUUAGUUGUUCCAGGCACCUAAAAUCAAUUAGGAAGACAUAGUUCCCUUCUUUUUUGGGUAACGAAGGGAGCAGUCUAAAGAAUUGUAUGCAUGUUUGCAUGGGGUUAUUGAGACACUGGAUGUGAAAUAUCUAGGAAGACAUGCAUGGAGAAUGCUCAACAAAUGCUCUUCUUCUGUCUUCCCUUAGGAAGAAUGUUAUCUCUCUUCUGAUUAGGAAGGACUUCCGUUUUGAGUAGAUGCUGGAAGGUGGAGGUUUUUUUUGUUGGUUUGUUUGUUUGGUUUUGUGUUUUUUUUUGUUUUUUUUUUUUUGAGACGGAGUCUUGCCCUGUCGCCCAGGCUGGAGUGCAGUGGCACGAUCUUGGCUUACUGCAACCUAGGUGGAGGUCUUUUUAAAUAACCUCAUGUUACUUCAGGCAAAUCUGGUACAGGAGAAGCCCAAGCUAACUGAGCUGGGUGAAGGCUUAUGCAUCACCUGGCUUGAGUUCCUUGCUGUCACAGAUGAUAGGUUCAUGUAUAGAACAUUAACGUUUGGUAAGGAGAGCAUUUUUUUGUUGUUGUUACAAUUGAAUUGUCAGUACUUUACUUUUUUCCCCCCAAAGAGGCAUAUAUAGACUGCAGAAACUUCAGUCUCAUAUAUAAAUGUUCAUGUCAUUUUAGAGGAUUAUAUGGUUGUCUCCAGAGAAAUUAACUUACAUUAUCAAAAAAUUCUUUGUCUAAUAUAUUGGAGUAUUUAAAAGUGUUGAAGAAUAAAAUAUUAAUUAGAACAACUUCAAAUGCUAAGGUGAUGUUUUACCGGGACUUAAUUAAAUACAACUUUUUCCUUUUGAAAAAGACUGUUCACAUUUGCUUCCAGGUGUAGUUAUUGCUUUCAUUCCUUACCCCCCUCAAGCAAAUGUGAAAAGUAUACUGACCUAAGAUUCUCAUUAGUUUUAGUACUAAUAGUAAAUGACUUCACAGCGUAAAAUUUGAUGUUAUUUCUGGAAAGCUAGAUGAUACGGAAGAGUUCAUGUGCCUGGGCACACAGUUCCCUGUAAUCCUACCAUCUAGGGAGAUAACCUCUUAACAUUUUGAUGUUGUGUUUUUGCUUAUUUUUCUAUGCAUAGUUAAUACAUUUAUAUUCUCAAAAAUGAAAUCAUAAUGUACAUUGCUUUGUAGUCUGCUCUAUAUAUUGUCAACAUGUUCCCAUAUUAAAUAUUUUGCUUUUAGACAGCAUGGUAUAUGCUAAAGCAUGGGUAUACCAUAACUUUAAGAUUGAUUUCCUAUUCAGCAAUUUGAUUAUUUAUUAUAAUGUAAUCUGUAAAUAGUGAUAUGAUUAACAUCUUAAUCACAUCUAUACAAAAUGACUUAUUUCCAGAAGAUACCGCUGUAGAAAUGAAAUUGUUAGGUGAAAGUGUUUUUUGAGAAUCUUUAUAUAUAUCACUCACUGCAGAGAUCAUGUUCAUUUACAUUCCCAUUAGCAAUAUAUCCAGCACUCGGAAUUGAGAAUUACUACUUAAAAUCUUUGCAAAUUGAAUAAUUACAGAAAAGGGCUACAUUUAAAAUUUGUGUUUGUUUUUAUUACUUAGUGAAGGUUGUGUUGUUUUUCAUAUUCAUUGGCCAUGCUAUAUUCAUUCUUUUGAGAAUUGCUCAUUCGUAUUUUUUCUGUUACUUGCUUGGAGAAUUUGCUCUUUUUUUGGCUUAUAAGUUCUUAAGAAUGUCCGUCCUUUGUCAUAUGUUGUAACUUUUUUUUAGCCUUAUUUGUCAUUUAACAUAGUUUGUGAUAUUUCAGUGUAGACGUUGUUUUCUUUAGGAGUCUGCCUUUGUGUAUGUGCUUGAAACUAUUUUUGUAAUCCAAGAAUGGAUAAAUGUCCUUAUUUUCUUCUAGUAUUUUCUUAUUUCACUUUUACACCUGUCUUGAAAAGGAAUUUAAAUUUUGUUUAUAUACAUUAACUAAAUCAAUACAAGUUUGGGGUGAAAAGGAAAUUUUUAAUCCAUCUCAAAUGUAUUUGGGUGUAUUAAAUAAGGUAGGGAUUUGAUUUUAUUUCGAAGAGUUUAUCAAUUGGUUCAGUAUCUGAAACCACCAUUUCCCCUCUGAUUUGUAAUGCUAUUUUUAUAGAAUAUUAAAUUCUUAUGUGUCUUUUGUGUCUUAGGCCGAUUUCUGGGCCUUCUGGGUUUUUUCCACACUGUCAAUAAUUAUCGCUUUAAUUGGUGUUAAUAUUUGGUAGUACACAGGUUCUCCCUUGUUUUUUUAAAUUUUGUGAAAUAUAACUUACAAAUAAGUACUUAAAACAGAGUUUAAUGGGUAAAGCAACAGCUGUGUAAUCACAAACUAGAUGCAGAGGAGGUCUUGCCAGCACUCCAAAAUCUCUGUGUAUCCCCUCUUGACACUCACCGUUUCCCCCAGAGGUAACUAUCCUGACUUACGGAAUUCUCCCUCUGUCCUUUUAAGAAUUAUUUUACCAGUUAUGUGUAUAACAGUAUGGUUUAUGUUUUGCUCACUUUUGACUUACAUAAAAAUAGAAUAAUACUGUA